GGAACCAGCCGGUGGUCAGCCGGCGUUCUCUCUGUCGUCGCGCGCGCCGGAUACCUCGUUGCACGUAUAACACCUGCCACACGAUUAGGCACGCACGAUUCGUUUAUCCGUAACCCGUUUCGGCGACCUUUUUUAAGACUGCGAGUUUUGUACGCUCCCCUGUACUGUAGCUCUGAUUCGAAAAUCGAGGCGAGAUCAACGUAGCGUUAGCGCUGUCAAAAUCAUGCAGGGAAAAACGAUUGACGAUAAUAACAACGACACCGAUAGUAUGUUGAUCCGUGAGUGAAUAUGCGUAUGAGAGAAUGAGGUUCAUUCGUCUGAGGCGGAAGAACAUCCUCAGGAUCGUCGGAAGCAGACAGUCUCGUCAUGAUGUUGGUUCCGCAAGAUAUCAUGGGUGGUCCAUCGAAGAUGUUGUACCAAAUGAACAAAUAUUACGCCGAGCGGGUACAGGCUCGUAUGGGCCAGGUGCAAAAGACUAUACGAGAGGUAUGUAAGGUCGUGCAGGACGUGCUGAAGGAGGUCGAGGUGCAAGAGCCGCGCUUCAUCUCUUCUCUGACUGAGUGCAACGGCCGCUACGAGGGCCUCGAGGUGAUCUCGCCGGGUGAAUUUGAGGUGGUUCUCUAUUUGAAUCAGAUGGGUGUCUUCAACUUCGUCGACGACGGUACAUUGCCGGGCUGCGCCGUGCUGAAACUCAGCGACGGGCGCAAGAGGUCAAUGUCCCUCUGGGUGGAGUUCAUCACCGCGUCCGGCUAUCUGUCAGCCCGAAAGAUACGCUCGAGAUUUCAGACCUUGGUGGCGCAGGCCUGCGACAAAUGCAACUAUAGAGACUCGGUAAAGAUGAUCGCCGACACUACCGAGGUGAAGCUGCGUAUACGCGAGCGAUACGUCGUGCAAAUCACACCGGCAUUUAAAUGUUCCGGCGUGUGGCCGCGAUCUGCCGCCCACUGGCCGAUACCGCACAUCCCUUGGCCACAUCCGAAUCUAGUGGCAGAGGUCAAAACGGAGGGCUUCGAUUUGUUAUCGAAGGAAAGCGUCGCGCUACAAGGCAAGCAAUCGGCAAUGGAGGGCGACGCUUGGGUGUUGUCCUUCACAGAAGCGGAAACCAGGCUCCUACAGGGCGGCUGUCGCCGAAAAUGUCUCAGUAUAUUAAAAACCCUAAGGGACCGACAUCUCGAUCUGCCCGGGAAUCCGGUCACCAGUUAUCACAUGAAGACACUACUGCUGCACGAAUGCGAGAAGCAUCCCCUCGAGACCGAGUGGGACGAGGGAUGCUUGGCCGAUCGCAUCAACGGCAUCUUCCUGCAGUUGAUUUCCUGCCUGCAAUGUCGACGGUGUCCGCAUUACUUCCUGCCGAAUCUCGAUCUUUUCAAGGGGAAAUCGCCUAGCGGUCUAGAGAAUGCUGCGAAGCAAGUUUGGAGACUCACUAGAGAAUUACUUACAAACAGCCGCGCACUGGAAAAACUUUAGCGUCUUCCAUCUCGAGAACAUCAGGAAAUGCGCGAUAAUGAAGAACGAGAAAUAACUCGAUGAUACGAUAGAACGUUGUUGCCACCGUAUAAUGUUUAUUCGAUACAAACAGUUAGUUAUUAUUUAAUACAUGCUUGUGUCGAGAGCUUAGAAAUGGUGCAUUGUUACAAAUAAUUCUUAAUAUAUAAGCCAUUUUAAUUUUUAUAACUCAUUUUUUUUUAAUAAUAAUCAUAAUUCAAUUAAUAAUGAUUCAAACAAUAAUAAUUCUUCGGUAAAUAAUCGCGUUUUUAAUUUUUCUUUAAAUGUUCAAAGAGUCUAAUAUAACUCUGUUAUUAUUAAUGAAAUACUUAGCCAUAUUUUUUUUAUAUUGAAUUAUUAUGUUUUGCUUUUCUUAAAAUUGAUAUUAUUUACGUUAAAAAAUUUUGCCGAUUAAAUGUAGGAAUAAAAUUAAGUUUAUACUUUAGCGAAUUAUAGGAAAAAAAAACAAAAUUAUUUAUUAUUUAAUAAUUGAUUGACGAAAAAGACUAGUAUUCAUACAGACAGGUAGACUUGUGUGAACUGUAAAUAUCCAAAAAAAGGUAUGAUUAAUUUGGCAAUUAGAACAUGCCAUAAAAAAUAUAGCACAAUGACUCCGUCUUAGAUUUCGGCAAGUUGCGAAGUUUCUCUAAGAAAUAAUAUAUAUAUAUAUAUAUAUAUAUAUGAAUCUUUUAUUUUAAAUAAUUUAUAUUGCUGUAAGAUAAGCUUCACGAUAGUUAUCUCGCGACUAUAAUUAAAUGUUAAAUAUUUAGCAUAUAUCGAUAGUUACUAUAUUGCGUCACGUUGCAAUACAAAUUGUGCAAUUAAUUCUGUCGAAAUAGAAUAUCUCGUAUAAAUGUUUAGU